AUGCUUAAAAUAACAUCAUUUAAUAGUAUUGCAGUGGCUGUUUUUGUAUUGAUUGCUACACAUACAGAAGAAAGUGUAGCUCAGUCUCAUGGGAUACCUGAAAUACCACCUUGUAACAUUGAACUACCAAGCACUCCUUCCUCGUUUUUGAUUGUCGACAGGAAUUACCAAUUUCCUGAUGUGCAAGGAAAUAGUUACAUUAAAGUUGAUCACGGAUUUCCAGUAUAUUGGGCUUGUCCCGGAGGACAGUUUAACGCUCCAGGUUAUAACGUUGACGGUCAAGUAGCAAAUUGUAGAGGUGGUGGUUUUCUCAAUGGCCAGUUUCAAUAUAUAACCCACAAAAACUUGACUUGUACUUUAACCGACCCAGCAAGACCAGCCUUGGCAGAAAUUUACAGCAAUCCCGACAUACGAUGUGAAGGCGGUUCCAGACCUGUCGAAGUGGGUUACAAUAUAAAUCGCGAAUUUGCUCGAGUGCUUGUAAUAUGUUAUAAAAUGUACGAAAACAUUCCAGUUUACGCCAAAUACACCAUCACUAAGUGGACAAGUUUGAUCAAAAAUUAUCGGUCACCGCCGAGCAAAUAUUUUUUCUCUGGGGAUUUAAUUUCUGGAGAUGUGCCUCGUGUCUACACCGACAUUGAGUCCUCGUUUGAAGAACUGGGCGUUGCUCAGUACCUCAACGAAUCGUACUUUUUGCAGAAAGGACAUCUCGCUUCAAGUGAUGAAUUACUGUAUCCUUUUCAAAAGGACGCGACGUACAAUUUAGCUAAUGUAGCUCCUCAAUGGAAUACUUUUGAUGAAUCUAAUUGGUAUGCAUUGGAACAGGCAGUUAUAGAUUUGGUGGCUAGUGGAGAUGUUGGUGAUAAAGCUACGGUGUUAACUGGAACGUUAAAAGUGGCUACUUUGAACAACCGGAGCGGAGUUCCAGUGGAACUUUAUCUCCAAAAUGGUCGCUUUCCAGUUCCGCGCUGGUUUUGGAAGAUAGUUUAUUUGCCCGAUCUCCAGUUUGGUGCCAUAUUUUUCGGAUACAACAAUAUCUAUGACAAGAAAAUCAAAGUGGAUGCUGAAUUUUUGAACGACAUUUGUACUGUGGAUAUACUGGAAACAAUAAGAAGUAGUUGGUCUUUGCAACUUAUUGAUAAUAGUGUGGCAACUAACGGUUUUGUAUACGCUUGUGCUUUGAAGACGGAUCAGAUAGUCGACCCUCUUAUCCGUGAAAUCGUGACCAACACUCUCGAUGAAUUUGGAACUAGAAAUGUAGAGGUGUUUGCCAAACGUACAAAAUAGGAUUCGAUACUUUGUUCUUAAAAUGAUAGUCAUAAUCUUUGUCAAACAUUAUUUUUAAACACUUUGUUCUAAUGGCAAACACCUGCCUUGAAAUAAAGGUUUAUAAUCUUUCUAAGCAUUAAUUUUAAAAGUUUUAUUUUAGUGGUAAUUUGUUCAAUAAAUAUUUUUAUAGAAA